UCCUCGACCGUGUCGUUCGCAACCGACGAGUGUGGUUUUUUUUUACUAUAAAUAUAACCUUAUAUUUAUUUAUUUAUUAAUUAAGUUUUUUUUUUUAAUUUAUCGUUCGUUAUAUUCUAAUCGUCCGGUGAUUUCACGCCGCAGUUACCGCAGAAACGCCAUACGAAUUUUUUUCGUGGAAUAUUCCUAUUGAUAUUUCCGAUUUUUACAUUCCAAUAAACUAACUCAAAAUGUGUGACGAAGAAGUUGCCGCGUUGGUAGUAGACAAUGGAUCUGGUAUGUGCAAAGCCGGUUUCGCCGGAGAUGACGCACCCCGUGCUGUGUUCCCUUCCAUUGUUGGACGUCCUCGUCAUCAGGGUGUCAUGGUCGGUAUGGGACAAAAGGACAGCUACGUCGGAGACGAAGCCCAAUCCAAAAGAGGUAUCCUCACAUUGAAAUACCCCAUUGAACACGGUAUUGUCACAAACUGGGACGAUAUGGAGAAAAUCUGGCAUCACACUUUUUACAAUGAAUUGCGUGUCGCCCCCGAAGAACACCCGGUUCUCCUCACCGAAGCCCCAUUGAACCCCAAGGCUAACCGUGAAAAGAUGACACAAAUCAUGUUUGAAACUUUCAACACCCCGGCUAUGUAUGUCGCCAUCCAAGCUGUACUGUCACUGUACGCUUCUGGUCGUACCACCGGUAUUGUAUUGGAUUCAGGAGAUGGUGUUUCCCACACCGUGCCCAUCUACGAGGGAUACGCUUUACCCCAUGCCAUCCUCCGUUUGGAUCUUGCCGGCCGUGAUCUCACAGACUACCUGAUGAAAAUCUUGACCGAACGUGGUUACAGUUUCACCACCACGGCCGAACGUGAAAUUGUGCGUGACAUCAAGGAAAAAUUGUGCUAUGUCGCUUUGGACUUUGAACAAGAAAUGGCCACCGCGGCUUCAUCCAGCUCGUUGGAGAAAUCUUACGAACUUCCUGACGGACAAGUCAUCACCAUCGGAAACGAAAGAUUCCGUUGCCCAGAAGCUUUGUUCCAACCUUCAUUCUUGGGUAUGGAAGCAUGUGGUAUCCAUGAGACCACUUACAAUUCCAUCAUGAAGUGCGAUGUUGACAUCCGUAAGGACUUGUACGCCAACACCGUCUUGUCUGGAGGUACCACCAUGUACCCAGGAAUUGCCGACCGUAUGCAAAAGGAAAUCACAGCUUUGGCUCCGUCCACGAUGAAAAUUAAGAUCAUUGCACCGCCGGAACGUAAAUACUCCGUAUGGAUUGGAGGAUCUAUCUUGGCUUCUCUGUCUACCUUCCAACAGAUGUGGAUCUCCAAACAGGAGUAUGACGAAUCAGGCCCAUCCAUUGUGCACAGAAAGUGCUUCUAAAUACUUUUUUAUAUUUAUUUUCCUAUAUAAACUUUGUAUUUUUUAUUUUAAUUCCUUUUUUUUUAAUAAGAAUCAAAAUUAUAAAAAAAAACUCCGUUGCAUUAGGCGUACACAUUCCAGUAAGUUGUAUACAGCUCAAAGCAUUCCUCGAUCAUGGCAUGUCUGCUUUUGAUUUAUAAUUUUUAUACUGACUGAAUGAAAGAGAAUAUAAAUUAAAUGUAUUUAUUUGAUAAUUAUUUACACAUAAUGGGAAGUUUUAUUUAUUUAAACAUUCUCAGAUAUCCAAAGUUGUCUUGGAGACAAGAUAUUAGAAUUAUAAUUUUAUUUAAUUCUCUCUACAACAAAAACAAAAAAAUAUUGUGAAAAAUAAAUGUAAUUAUUUAUUAUACUUGUAA